GAUUAGCAUCCUCCGAAUAUGUUCCAGGAUGUGCCCCAUGACUUGCUUCCGUCUUUACCGACAUAAGGGCAACUAUCUGCGCUGAUUCUGACCUCUACACUAGAGCUGUUGCCAUGGGCGUCAAAUAUCCCCUCGGAGAAGCCACCUCCUCCGAUGCCCACGCAAUUGCGACCCUCUUCGCACUAUCUUGGACCUCUCCCUUUACACAACUCCAAUUCGGCAAAAUCAACCCACCUUCGCUAGCCAAGGCCAUGGCCCCUCGAAUCGUCGAUCAAAUUCGAAAGCCACACUGCCUAUUCAUUGUCGCUCGGCAUCCUGAGACUGAUGAGGUUGUGUCUGUGGCACAAUGGUCUGCCCCAAUCAGCAGCAAGAAUGGGGAAGGAAAUAAGAAAGAGAUGGCAGGCGAGAAAGAGGAAAGACAGCGGCUCGAAGAUGAGGGCUAUCGGCAGAGGCUACCGGAAAAUAGUAAUAAAGAUUUGAUUAUGGAGUUUACCGUAAGUCUGCGGAAGUUGAGGAAUGAAGUGCUGGGGGAGAGGGAACAUUACCGCCUAGAGAACCUUGCCACACAUCCUAACUAUCGAGGCCAAGGUCUUGCAUCUCACCUUAUUGAAUGGGUGUUCCCUCAGGCAGACAUAAAGGGUGUCAUUGUGUAUCUUGAUACUGCAAGCGAUAACAGUGCCAUGCGAUUAUACAAGAGAUUGGGUUUCCAAGAAGCCGGCAGUCAAACCAUUGACGAAUUGAGCAGAUUUGGGGGAGAGGGCAGCGAAACGCAUGUUGCUUUGAUCAGAUACCCCCAAAAUUAGUUUGGGCUACUGUGUAGUAGCACGUAGGGUGGAUUGGGUCAAGGCCUAAUUCAAGUUAG